CUUUAGAAAUAUGGGGUUGUCAAUGUUUUGUUGAAUUAUUGGUUUCUUUUUGCCCCCAAUAUGCUUAUAUUUAUGGACUAAUAAAUGGGUUAUGAAAGCUAUAUCAACCCAAUUGUUGAUGAAGUUAGUAAAGUUGUUAGCUUUUUUGUGUUAAGGAGGUGCUAUGUUUGAUAUUAAGGAGCUACAAUCUUGGACCACUUUCUCAUAUACUGAUGGUGGAGGAGACAGUAGCUGAAGCCAUUGAGGCUAACCUGGAGAGAGCUGACUCAGCUACCGUGGACAUGGAUAUGGUAGAGGAUGUGGCAGAAAAUGGUGCGAAGCGAGCUCGAGAGGGAGAGGAGGAGGAAAACGAAGAUGUAUUGAAGAAGCAGAAGGUGGAUAAAUCUGUGGAGGAAGAGCGGUUGGAGAAGCUUGAAGAAGAGGGAGAGGGAGAGGAGAAGGAAGAGAAGAAGGAAGAGGAGGAGAAGUCUGGACCGGUCAGCUUGGGUCCUAAGAGUUUCGGAUCAGCAGUGGAGAUGUUUGAUUAUUUCUACAAUUUCCUCCAUCAGUGGCCUCCCAAUAUUAAAGUCAACAAGUAUGAGCACAUGGUGCUGGUGGACUUGCUUAAGACUGGUCACUCAGAGCCUGACAAAAAGAUUGGUAGUGGCAUCCAAGCUUUCGAAGUUCGGUUUCAUCCAAGGUUUAAGAGUCGGUGCUUAUUCCUAAUUAGGGAUGAUGACUCUGUUGAUGAUUUCAGCUUUAGGAAGUGUGUAGAUCACAUACUUCCGCUGCCCGAGGACUUGAAAGUAAAAUCUGACAACUUUCUAGGUGGAGGUAAGGGUUACGGAGGGAAAGGUGGUCCUGGUGGAAGAGGUGGCCGAGGCCGCGGCCGUGGUUAUGGAAGAGGUGGUAGAUCAAGGAACUGAUGAAUCAUAGAAGACAAUUGAGGAUCACAUGUUUUUCUUCUUAUUGUCUGGCCAAGCUAUUCUCUCUGAUCCAAGUUUUGACUGUUAAAUUCUUAUAGUUUAAAGCCUUUUUAUGUGGCCUUAGAGAUCGUCUGUUUUUGCCGCUUCAAUGUAUUUCUUGUCUGAGCUGUUCCUUUUGCUCUA